AUGAGUUCUUCUUCUUCUUCUUGUUCCUCGCUUUCUCUUACUUCUUCUUCUACUUUUCUUCUUCUUCUUCUUCUCCUCCUCCUCCUCCUUCUUCUUCUUCUUCUUCCUCGCUUUCUCUUACUUCUUCUCCUUCUCCUUCUUCUUUUCUUCUUCUCCUUCUUCUUCUUCUUCUUCUCCUUCUUCUUCUUCUUCUUCUUCUUCUUCCUCGCUUUCUCUUACUUCUUCUUCUUUUCUUCUUCUCCUUCUUCUUCUUCUUAUUCCUCGCUUUCUCUUACUUCUUCUUCUACUUUUCUUCUUCUUCUUUUCUUCUUCUCCUUCUUCUUCUUUUUCUUCUUCCUCGCUUUCUCUUACUUCUUCUACUUUUCUUCUUCUUCUUUUCUUCUUCUUCUUCUUUUCUUCUUCUCCUUCCUCUUCUUCUUCUUCUUCUUCCUCGCUUUCUCUUACUUCUUCUUCUACUUUUCUUCUUCUUUUCUUAUUCUCCUUCUUCUUCUACUACUACUACUACUACUACUUUUUCUUGUACCUCAUUUUCAUUUUCUUCUUCAUUUACUUUUUCUUCUUUUUCUUCUCCUCCUUCAACUUUUUUGUUUCCCUUUUCUUUUACUUCUUCUUCCUCUUCUUCCUCUUCUUCUUCUUCUUCUACUUUUUUAUUCCUCUUUUUCUUUUACUACUACUUCUACUUCUUCUUUUUUCCUUCUUCUUCUUCUUCUGCUUUCUCUUGUUCCUCUUUUUCUUUAUACUUCUUCUUGUUCUUCUUUUUCUUCUUCUUCUUACUGCAAUUUCUCUUUUACUUUCUUCAUCAUUUUCACCAACUUUUUCUUUCUCUUCUUCGCUUUUACCCUCUCUCUGCUGGUUUUACUCUAUAUAUAUAUCUCUAUCUCUUUCUUUCAAUCAAUCAAUCAAUCUAUCUAUCUAUCUAUCUAUGCACGUUCAUGUCUCUCUGCUGGUUUCUCUCUCUAUCUCUCUGUCUCUUUCUCUCUCAAUCUAUCUAUCUAUCCAUCUAUCUAUCUGUCUAUUUAUCUAUAUAUCUAUCUAUGCCUGUUUCGAUCUAUCUGUUGGUUCUCUUUCUCUCUCUUUACCUAUAUCCCCAUGAAUUUUACUCUCGCUUUAUGUCUCUAUCUCUUUGUCUCUUUCCUUUCCGUAUUUCUUUUAUAUUUUUCUUCCUCUCUCUUUCUCUCUUUUUCCUUCCCGUCUCUCUCACUUUCUCUUUCCUUUCUUUUUUAUAUGCAUCUCUCUCCCUUUCUCUUUCUCUUUCUUAAAGUCCCUGUCUUUCGUCUUUCUGUAUUUUUAUUUGUUUAUUUAUGUCUGUCUCUUCAUAUCUCUUUCUUCGUUUAUAUCUCUUCUUUAUUCAUUCUUUCUCUUUCUCUCGUUCUUUCUCUCUCUCUCCCUCUCUCUCUCUCUCUCUCUCUCUCUCUCUCUCUCUUGAAAUCUGUCCUUUCUUUAUCUCUAUUUUUUCUAAUCCUUAAAAAUCCAUUAUGUGGUAAUAAUUUAUUUAAUGGGCUAUUCCCCAAUCAAUCAAUCUAUCUAUCUAUCUAUCUAUCUAUCUAUCUAUCUAUCUAUCGCAGUUUGUUCAUAUCCAUCUUCCUAUCUAUAUAUCUAUCUCAGUCUGUUCAUAUCUAUCUAUCUAUCUAUCUAUUUACGUCCGUUCAUAUCUAUUUAUCAAUGUUAAUAAUUGUAUGUAUGUAUAUCUAUCUAUCUAUCUAUCUAUCUAUCUAUCUAUCUAUCUAUCCCAGUCUGUUCAUAUCUAUCUAUCUAUAUAUAUAUAUAUCUCAUUCUGUUCAUGUAUAUCUAUCUAUCUAUCUAUCUAUCUAUCUAUCUAUCUAUCUCAUCUCUCUCUCUCUUACUCUCUAUUACCCUCUUUAUUUCUCUCUCAGUUUGUUCAUAUCUAUCUAUCUAUCUAUCUAUCUAUCUAUCUCAGUCUGUUCAUACCUAUCUAUUUCUAUAUCUAUCUAUCUAUCUCAGUCUGUUCAUAUCUAUCUAUCUAUCUAUCUAUCUAUCUAUCUAUCUCAGUCUGUUCAUAUCUAUCUAUUAUCUAUCUAUCUAUCUAUCUAUCUCAGUCUGUUCAUAUUCAUCUAUCUAUCUCUAUCUAUCUCAGUUUUUCUUAUCUAUCAAUCUAUCUAUCUAUCUAUCUAUCUAUCUCAGUCUUCUCUCUCUUUCUCCUUGAUUCUCUAUCUUCUCUCUCCGUCUCUCUCCCUCGAUCUAUCUAUCUAUCUAUCUAUCUAUCUAUCUAUCUAUCUAUCUUAG